UUGGUAGGAACAGGCACACUGUAAACAACCACUCCGUGAAGUAGCUCACUCAAACUACAUCAAGGCGAAGCCAGCAUUUUUUAAAUCGCUGUCAAUCCAGUGUAGUCUAUACUCGUGCUGCGGGGACAGCCCAGGUACAGACAAAACAUAUCAAACAGACACUGAAGCCGAAUGUGGAUUGCUGCUGUACUUUCAGUAUAGAUGACACACAGCGGAUAUAUAAGAUGAACCACCAUGUGACCUUGAUCGUCCUGUGACAUCACACCGACACUGAGACGGCGGGUGGGUGGAAGGACACACACGGAGGGAUGCAGAGCAGAGCACAGGAGAGGAGAGCACAGGAGAGGCUACAUACUUAAACAGCGCAGCUUUGCUCUGAGGAGGAUUCAAGCCCCGUGUAGAGGAUCUUGAUACUAUUUGGCUUUCUGCUAAUACAGUCAAAUAAUAAGAGACAUUCUUCUUUGUCAUCCUGGUUUGUGUUGCAGUACACAAAAACACCAGCCUUUUACAACAAAGGGUUCCAAGCACCUUUUCAUUUGUUUACGCAAGAGGAUAAGAGUUGAGCACGUUCUCUCCUUCUGAAACUAGCCUUGUGAAACCAGCCCAUUCUGUUAAUAGUAACUGAAACGAAACGUGAGCGCAACGGUCAGUCUGCUCGACCAGGCUAUCAAGGACCCAUAAUAACAAUCCAUAACAAAAUGGAGACUCUGUCUCUCUCUCAGGACUCCAUCUUGGAGUGUCAGAUCUGUUUUAACUACUACAGCCCGCGGCGGAGGCCCAAGCUGCUGGACUGCAGACACACGUGCUGCUCCGUGUGCCUGACCCAGAUGAGGUCCAGCCAGAAAGAGAUCCGAUGCCCCUGGUGCCGUGGCGUCACCAAACUCCCCGCCGGCUUUUCCGUCUCCCAGCUCCCCGACGACCCCGACAUCAUCACCGUUAUCGCCAUUCCGCACGCCUCCGAGCACACGCCGGUCUUUAUCCGCCUGCCUAGCAAUGGCUGCUACAUGCUGCCCCUGCCUGUUGCCAAGGACAGGGCACUGUUACCAGGCGAACUGGGCUGCCGGUUCUUGCCAGGUGGCAGUGGGCAGCAGAAGGUGGAUGUGGCGGUGGUGGCUAUGCCUGAGUUGCAGCCCCUGGGUCUGGGGAUGAGUCUCGAAGGCCUGGAGGAGACAGAGAGAAGGGGAGUUGGGGGAGGUGGUGGUGGAGGGGGGAAGGGCUCCACGUGGUCUGGGGUGUGUACAGUGAUCCUGGUAGCCUGCGUCCUGCUCUUUCUCCUGGGAAUCGUGCUCCACAACAUGUCCUGUAUCUCUAAACGCUUUACUGUCAUCUCCUGCGGCUGAAGGGAGGGGCCAGAAGGCAUGUCAAGCAUGCCCCUCCCACCCCCUACUGUGGCUCCACCCCUCCUCAGCCAGGACUAUGACGAGAAUAAGGGAUUUUACACAUAUCAGGGUUGGCCAAAGAAACUGCCAACAGACACACAGAGAGUGAGAGAGAGAGAGGGAGGGAGAGAGAAAGAGAGGAGGACAACCACGAACAAACUAGGGAAAGAAACUUGCCUCCAAUUGUUGUCUUGGAGUUAUUCUGGAUACAAAUGCAAAUACUCUCUCCCUCUGAUUUGGGGUACCCUGUGGACCUAUGGACCUGGGGCCUAUGGUAAUUCACCAUGGCUGAUCUGUCCUGGUCUGUUUCUUUCUGUGGUCAGUAGAGUUACUUCAGUCAGUGAUCAUGUUGUUUAGCUAAGUGUCAGUACUGAGUACAUAUCUCCAGCUGGAGCUGCAAUUUAUAGUGUUAGGACUUUUUGGCAGACCUGGGAUCAAAUACUUUAACAAUCUUUUCAAAAACUUUAAGGGAUUGCUUGAGUCUGUCUGGAGUGACGGGUGGGCAGGGUUUGGCGUUUUGGGACUUUUCUAUUGGUUUAUUAAGCCAGGAAAGUUUAAACAGGCACAGAUUUAUUUUAAAUUGAUUUUUCAAGUAAUUGAAACCCAGAUCUGCUUCUAGGCUGAUUUUGUCUUUGCUGCAAUUUAGCAGUGUAUACAUUAACUAUGUACAGUCCACCAAACCACCUUUGGCCAAGUGUUGCUCAUAACGGGACUGAACAAUCAAUACUGGUGGUGGUGGUUCAUUGUGGCUCUGUCCCAAAUGGCACCCUAUUCCUCAUAUAGUGCUCUAUUUUGACCAAGGCCUAUAGGGCUCUGGUCAAACAUAGUGCACUUGAAAAACAAGUAUUUUGCUGCACCUUAGAUAACAUCUGCAAAUCUGUGUUUUUUAUUUGAUAUUGGGAAUAGGGUGCCAUUUGGGAAGCAAGCCUGUAUUUAUUAUUUUCUCAGAAUCACUCUAACAUUCUGAAAACAGUGUUUACUUACUGUUGCUCCAAUAUGUAAUGCAGUACUGUAUGUAUGUAUGUAUGUAUGUAUGUAUGUAUGUAUGUAUGUAUGUAUGUAUGUAUGUAUGUAUGUAUGUAUGUAUGUAUGUAUGUAUGUAUGUAUCUGUUGGUAUUUUGAUCAAUAAUGUGUUAAACACAAAAACAGGGAAAUAUGUGAUUGUGUGUUGUGCUAUAUACAUAUAAACCAGCCUAUAUUUGACAGAAAGCACACACUACAUGUAUUCAGUAGCCAGCCAGCCUAAAGUAAUAAUGAUUAAGUUACUGUUGAGUCUUACAAUUAUUUGCCUAACCCCAAUACCCUUCACUGAGAACAGAUGGUCAUUGCUUUUAAUAUUGAACUCUCUCGCUAAGUCCCAAAUGGCACCCUGUUCCCUAUAUAGGGAACGGGGCACCAUUUAGGAUGCAUCCUAUGACUUUGACCUGCUUAUCACGAGCGCCCACACACUCUAUCUCUACUAUCAAUCUCCCUUUAGGUUAAUACUAUAUUUGAUGUUUGUAUGGGGGGUGUUGGUUCACAGUGAGGUGGAGUGUGGGUGCUGGGAGGGGUUAGGAGUGGGUGGGUGGGGAGUCCCAGUCUUAAUGCUAAUUGCAUUGAUUUCUGAACCGUUUUAAAUACUUUCUCUUCUAUGUCGGUGUUUCUCUUCUUCUCUAUGUGUUUCAAAUGGCAUACCAUUCCCUGUAUAGUGCACUACCUUCAACCGGGGCCGGUAGUGCCCUGGUCAAAGUAGUGCACUAUAUAGGGAAUAGGGUGCAAUGUGGGACACAUCCCAUGUCUUUGUUGUUGUUGCCAAAAUUAUUGUGAUCCAGUUUCUACUGUAUUAAAGCAAUUGAGUGUUAACACCAACAAACAAACAGGGUGAACUAUUUUGUAUAGCAGCCAUGUACAGAAUGAUUGUAUUUAUCCUUGUUGUCCUUCUUUCUAUUUGUGUUCUACAUGUUUACUUCUAUCUGUCUGUAAUAGUAGCCUGGUCUUGAAUCAACUCUUAUUGCAGCAGUUUAGAACCCUUGGUGGACAGUGUUUGGUAAAUAUGUGGUUGGACUGGUCUAGGAUCAGUGCUAAAGACAGUGGGUUAUUUAGGCACCUUAUUAGGUUUUCAAAAUUUCAAUAACUUUCCCAACAUUCCCCGAAAUCCAGAAAUCCUGGUUGGAACCAAUAACAGCCAGAGAAAUAGGAGGGUGUUGUAGAAAUUUGAGACUUCAGUUGUUGUGGGGAUUGGCUGUUUAGCUCUUACCUAGGGAUAAUUGCACUGGGUUUCUAGGCUAGCUAUUAAACUGAGAUUGUGCCAUCUCACUUACUGACUGGCUUUUUAAGGAGUCCAAUAUGGAGUUACAUUAGUGCCAAACAUAGUAGCAGCCCAGGAGUUCUGUUUGAUGUUUAGAGGGGAGGGAUAGAGAAAGGGUGUGUGCCAAAUGGCACCCUAUUCCCUUUAAAGUGCACUACUUUUUGCCAGGGCCCCAAAGUGCACUAUAUAGGGAAUAGGGUGCCGUUUGGGAUGCAGGCAUAGAGGUCAUGCAGAGGUUCCAUCAUGGCCGCUGGUGGUCCCAGCAUCCCCCUGCGAUACACAGUAACUGGUGGCUCAAUAGCUGACAACUUUUUUUUUCACUUAUUGUAACAGACAUUUUGAGGUGGUGCAUAUGAGUCAGCAAAAGAGCAAUUGAUUGUCAGCUAUUGAUUAAUUGAUCUAAUGAUACAUAAGCCGCCCUGAUUAUUAUUAUAUUAGAUAAACUGAAGAUGUAUUGAAAAUGCUGUAAAUGUAUGGUGCCAAUAAACCAGACUAGUUCAGUUACAUUGUCUGUAGAUAGAUACCGCAGUAAACAGUACCCACUGGGCAUAAACUAGUUGAAUUGAUGUUGUUUGAAUCAACGUGGAAAACUGAUUUGAUAAAAAGUCAUCAGCGUAAAGACAUUUUAGAUUUUUUUCAUCCAACUUUUAACCUAAAUCCAAUGACCUGGUGACAUUUUUUGUUGAUUUCACGUUGAAUUUACCAAAUGUAAAUCAAAACUAGAUGUUGAACUAACAUCUGUGCCCAGUGGAUAGUUAAUAUGGACGCAACUCAAGGCCUCACACCUAGCCAGGCUUUGGUUUGGUUCCCAAAUUGCUACAUAUUCCCUAUAUAGUGCUGUACUUUUGAGUCCUAUGGGUGUCUGUCUCCAUCAUAGCUAACCCCUUAUCUGAAGGUCUAAUGGCCAAAGGAUUUCUUUAGGUCAGUGGUGGCUGUUGAGGGGAGGAUGGCUCAUAGAUUGGAAUGGAAAGUUACCUUUCCAUGUAUUCCAUUCCAGCCAUUACAAUGGGCCUGUCGUCGGGUUUAAAGUGGCACCAGCCACCACUGCUUUAGAUCAGUGUUGUUUGAUGUAAUAAUACUUACAGCCUGUAAAAUGACUUGAGCCAAUGGACUCAGUGUGUUGGAAAUCCCUGUUGUACUGCCAAUAGUUCCAUUGUUAAAAAAUUCAAUGCAUGAUGUGAUGUUGCUUGGAUGGAGUUAGUAGAGGUUGUGGUCUCAUAUGCAAAUGAAGGUAAAGAGGAAUGUCAAAUAAUAUAGUUAUAAAAGGUGUCUGUACACAACGUUUGAUGAAGCUAUGAAGCAUUAGAAUGGGGAUUUUUGGACUGCCUCCCUGAGUAGAAUGUGUCUCCCAAAUGGCACCCUAUUCCUUAUAUAGUGCACUACUUUUGACCAGAGCCCUAUGAACCCUGGUCAUAACUUGUACACUAUAUAGGGAAGAGGGUGCCAAUUAGGCCACAACGAUGGAUACAUUUUCUCACCUUUCUAUCCCUUGAACACCUGUACUGUAUGAUUAUGAGAGAGGGAAGGAGACCUAGGGUUGUCAGUCUGCUUGUGUGUUUGUCCGUCAGUGAUGUACAUUUCCUAUAGUAGUUUCUGUUUGUGUCAGGGUUGACAGGAAAACACAGCUGUUUCAGUGAUCUAUUAAAUUAACCAUAUGAAAUUAA